AACUUUCAUAUUAAUGAGUAGAAUACGUUGACGUGACCUCUGCACUUACUUUUAAUACUAUGGUGAUACUGUACUGAUCAGAUGUACGUACGUACGUACAGCUAGCUAGCUAGCUAGGUACGUCCAGCUAGCUACCCUAGAUCCUUUAUAUUCCUAGUAGCUGUUGUCUAGCAUCUCUCAAGUGAUUUCAAGUGAGUCUACAGAUGCAUAAUUGGUGGCAAAAUUGUUGUAGAGUCAGACUACAACACAUGGUAGUUUUUUCAAAAGGGGGGGCUUCAGCCCCUCAAAAUCACCCCUGGAUCCGCCCCUGCAGUUUCAGCUCGAGAUGAUGAAAGCUUUUGGAGGAAAUGUAAUUUGUGUAGACACUUGUGGAUUGAUUUGGGUAGAUCGAAUAUUAAGAACAAAAAAUGCAACUGUUGCAUGUGUUGCACCUGUUGCAGCCCCCAGGCCCAAGGAAGGGCGGCUGAUUUAUACUAUGGGCGUGGUUUCCAGUCUAGCAACACUGCACUGUACUUAGCCUCGACUCCAGCCCCUUGAACAACGGCUUGGAAUCGAGGCUACACUGUACUGUGCAGGCAAAUCCAACCCGUAUGCAAAGGCGCUAUAUAUAGCAGCUCGGAGUUUAAUACUAACCUAGAUUCCUUGCUCUAGACUAGUUAAUAAUAGAAAGUCAAUCUGGCCAGCUAUCCCACUAAAAUGUGAAUCGGAUCCUGUGCUCUAUGUCAGUAUCAGUAUCAGAGUUCUCUGCCGGUAAUACUGAAUGUUUACCAUGCAGAUAAAGAGUGACCGGCUGAACGAUGGUGACAACGGAUUAUAAUAAUUAUAAUGCCACAAAUCAAACAUAUUAUGCAUGUAAUUAUGACCAUAACUGGGUAAAUAGAUAAUAAUAGUAUAUACCGUACAAUUAGUUUUGGCAUUAUUCAGUUAAUCACGGAUAACUUUCCAGCUGGUGGAUGACAGCUUGGACAUAUCCAAACUUAGCUCUCGAAAGGCAGCUCCUUCAAACCUACACAGGUGUAGUGAUACCAUCGCCAGCAUGAGUCAGCCUCACACCCGACCCACAUGCGUUUUCCCUUCUUCGUAAAUUUCCCUCCACAUUAAUUUUGCUGGCAGUGUUUCUCGUCUUCUGUAUAAUUAUAUGCAGUAGUACAAAAUAUUAAUGGGCAUGGUGACGUGUGCAUGAAUAAAAUGUUGCUGUUGAGAAAACAAAUUACUGUGUGCAUGACAGUGCAUGCAUGCAUGUGUGCAUGAUUUUUACUUUCACGCUUGAAAGCAGAGGUACGUUUGCAAAAACCAUUUUUUAGAUGCUGCUGUCUUGACCAAACCACAUGAUGGGUGGAGUUGGCUGAAAAAACGCUCUAUGAAAAAUGCGCCUCUCUACAAAAUGCAUCUCUCUACAAAAUUCACCUCUCUAAAAAACGCACCUCUGUACAAAACGUCUCUCUACAAAAUUCACCUCUCUAAAAAACGCACCUCUGUGCAAAAUGUCGUUCUCUGAAAAAUGUACCUCUCCAAAAAUUGCACCACCUAUUUUUUAAAACGCACCUCUCAUAAAAAGCAGCACCAAAACGCACUAAUGCAUGCUGGUGGUAUAAUCAUGCAUGCAUCCUCACAUAAUUUAUAUGGACUAUGCCGGAAAAGUUACCUGGUAUUUUCUUGAGUUUGAUGACCGAGUCAACCACUUCAAUAGCUAUGAUCUGUUGUUCUGCAUGCAUAAUUUAUAAUAAUGCAUUCGAGCUCAACAUUGACAUACUAUAAUUAUUAUAGUCCGGUCACCCUAUAUAAUGUACAUAAUGUAUGCAUGUAUGUACAUGUAUUAUUAUAAGAAUUAUAAAAUAUAGGGACAGUGUCGCAUGCAGUGGCCGCAAUAGCAAGGUGGCUGCUUUAACAGCCUGCAUGCAUGCCAAUUAAUUCGUGCCUAGCGAAACAAAAGGUAUAAUUAUAUAUAUAGAGAGGUGACCGUAAUUCAAAGAGCCGAGAGUCUAUACCGUAUAGCGCGAAACACAUUCUACAAAACGUCCACAAAAUGGAACCUCCAUUAAAAAAUUAUUGCUGUUAUUUUGCACAAUCGUGAAAACCUAUAAUUUAUAUAGAUGCAUGCAUAAUUAUAGCUGGUCCCGGCCGACCUAUCUCACUUACCAGGGGAGACUUUUUGCUGCAAUUCAAGCAUUGGGGGAUCCUGAUGUGGCCUUUGAGUAAUGGAUGAAAUGGAGGUCUUUUCAUCUGCAUCAUGACGACUGCCCUCAAAAUGUUUUUGUAGCUUUCUCGGUUUAAUCUUGUGGCAGAUUGGAGAAAUUGAUUGAUUGAGAGCAGCCACAGAAUGUUUGUUAAUUGGAGUGCUAGUAAAAACUCCUCUUGGUGUCGGCAGAGCUCUCUCUUUUCUCUUCUUUUGAGGAUUAAGUAGUGAGGAAUGCUCAAUAACGUCGGACCGUGUAGUAAACUCAACUUCAUCAUUGUCCGAUGUAAUUGGUGUGAUCUGUUGAGAGGUGAUCUGUUGAGAGGUGUGUAAUUCUGCCUCAGAACUUGAAGGUGAUCCAUUCAAAGAAAGUGAGAGGUGUGGUCUCGUGCAUCGCUUCUUCUUGGGAGACCUACACAACUUGGCAGGAGAAUACAAUUAUUUCUUCAAUGUAACUGCAGCUGUUUGCCUCACAUUCCUGCUCUGGUGAGCCUCACGUGCAGGAGUUUGUUGAGAGGAGGAUGCAGGAAUUUGUUGAGAGGAGGAUGCAGGAGUUUGUUUCAGUUCAGAGGAGGCUAUAUAUAUAUAUAAUAAUAAUGAUGACUGCCAUGAAUUAAUUGCACAUUAAAAAUCAUGUACGAACAGACUGUCAGACAACUUACCAUCCUUCCAAGGUUCGAGAAUUGAACCCUCUACUUAACCUCAUGACAGCAGAGCAAACAUUUGCUUGGAUUUCCAGAUGCAACGGUGCAACAGAUGCAACGGUGCAACAGAUGCAACAGAUGCAACAGAUGCAACGGUGCAACAGAUGCAACGGUGCAACAGAUGCAACAGAUGCAACGGUGCAACAGAUGCAACGGUGCAACAGAUGCAACGAUGCAACAGAUGCAGCGGUGCAACAGAUGCAACAGAUGCAACAGAUGCAACGGUGCAACAGAUGCAACAGAUGCAACGGUGCAACAGAUGCAACGGUGCAACAGAUGCAACAGAUGCAACAGAUGCAAUGGUGCAACAGAUGCAACAGAUGCAACAGAUGCAACAGAUGCAACGGUGCAACGGUGCAACAGAUGCAACAGAUGCAACGGUGCAACAGGUGCAACGGUGCAACAGAUGCAACCGUGGAAAAGAUGCAACAGAUGCAACGGUGCAACAGAUGCAACAGAUGCAACGGUGCAACAGAUGCAACGGUGCAACAGGUGCAACGGUGCAACAGAUGCAACGGUGCAACAGAUGCAACAGAUGCAACAGAUGCAACGGUGCAACAGAUGCAACGGUGCAACAGAUGCAACGGUGCAACAGAUGCAACAGAUGCAACAGAUGCAACGGUGCAACAGAUGCAACAGAUGCAACGGUGCAACAGAUGCAACAGAUGCAACAGAUGCAACGGUGCAACAGGUGCAACGGUGCAACAGAUGCAACCGUGGAAAAGAUGCAACAGAUGCAACGGUGCAACAGAUGCAACAGAUGCAACAGAUGCAACGGUGCAACAGAUGCAACGGUGCAACAGAUGCAACAGAUGCAACGGUGCAACAGAUGCAACAGAUGCAACGGUGCAACAGAUGCAACAGAUGCAACGGUGCAACAGAUGCAAUGGUGCAACAGAUGCAACAGAUGCAACAGAUGCAACGGUGCAACAGAUGCAACAGAUGCAACGGUGCAACAGAUGCAACGGUGCAACAGAUGCAACGAUGCAACAGAUGCAACGGUGCAACAGAUGCAACAGAUGCAACAGAUGCAACGGUGCAACAGAUGCAACAGAUGCAACAGAUGCAACGGUGCAACAGAUGCAACGGUGCAACAGAUGCAACGGUGCAACAGAUGCAACAGAUGCAACGGUGCAACAGAUGCAACAGAUGCAACAGUGCAACAGAUGCAACGGUGCAACAGAUGCAACGGUGCAACAGAUGCAACGGUGCAACAGAUGCAACGGUGCAACAGAUGCAACGGUGCAACAGAUGCAACAGAUGCAACGGUGCAUGCAAUGCAAGUGAUCAUGCGUGGACAGAGGAGGCGCGGUGCAGCUCAGGCAAUUAGCCUUUGAAUAAUUAUCCGUCCACGUCGUAUGUUUUUGCUGAGAGUAAUCAAAGGGCUAAUUACUUGAGCUGCACCGCGCCUGUCGCCUGUCGGACCUCCUCUGAUGCGUGGACUUAGGCUAAGUCUUAGCCUUGAUUCCAUACACUCUAAGUAAUCGAGGCUACUUAAGUACCUCGAUUACCAGGCCGCACUAGCUAGUGGGAUGGAUAGCCUCGAAUCCUUGAUUAUACAGCCACAGUAAUGGCGAUCCCAUGCAACGUGCUACUGUUGCAUUUAUGUGCGUACAUAAUUCGUGUGCCCAUAUCACGCCAUAUC